ACGCCUCCAUAAAGACGCCGCAUUCCUCUCGCGACGAGCUGAGCACGCGCGGGGCAGGCGGGCAAGCCGCAAGCGCAUGAGCAGCGGCGCGACGGGAUGGAGGCCGUGGGCGACGGGGGAGCAGCGGGGGCGGGGGACGGGGCGCCGGGCCGGUCCCAGCAGCAGGGCGCCAAGCGCGGCCGCGGCGGCGGCGUGAGGGGGAGCGGGAGCGAGGCGGAUGCGGCGGCGGCGGCGUGGGGCCAGCCGCCGGCGCUGCUGCCGCCGCCGCAGGGACCGGGGGCGGGCUCGCGGAUCUACCGCGUGCGGGCCAGCGGGGGCAAGGACCGCCACAGCAAGGUGUACACGGCCAAGGGCAUCCGCGACCGCCGCGUGCGCCUGUCGGUGCCCACCGCCAUCCAGUUCUACGACCUGCAGGACCGCCUCGGCUUCGACCAGCCCAGCAAGGCCAUCGAGUGGCUCAUCAACGCCGCCUCCGACGCCAUCGACAAGCUCCCCGCGCUCGACCCGGCCGCCUUCGCCGCCCUCCCCGGGCCCGCCGACGCGGAUGCUGCCGGCAACAAGGUCAAGCAGCAGCAGCAGCAGCACUCCGGGGGCAGCAGCACAUCGGAGACAAGCAAGGGGUCCGAGCUCUCCCUCUCGCGCUCCGACGGCCGCGGGGGCGCCGCGCGGGACAGGGAGGUCACCGUGGCUAGCACCUCGGCGCAGGCCGCGUCCUUCACCGAGCUGCUCACCGGGGUGGCCUCGGCCGGCUCCAUUAGCGCCGCCGAGCACAAGCAUUCCUGGCAGCAGCAGCAACCCAACGUCUCCGCGGCGGCCGCCGCCGACUGCGUCGGCAUUGCGCACCCGGGGAAAGGUGCGCACGGGCUGUCGACGCACGCCUUCUCGGCCCCCAUCAAGUUCGGCAAUGCGCCUCCGUUCGGCAUGGUCCCGGCGCAGCCCUUCAACUUCACCAGUUCCGUCGAGAUGCCUCACUUCUCGCUCGGCCAGGACGCUCUGGCGGCGUCCUCCGCUUCCGCCGGAGACUACAGCCUCAAUUUCUCCAUGUCCUCGGGUUUCUUGGGUGCCAAUAGGGGGACCCUUCAGUCCAAUUCCCAGUCUAACUUUUCAGGCUAUCACCACCAGCAGCUCCAGAGGCUGGACGGCCCGUUCUUGUUCGGCCACGCCGCCGCCGCGGCGCAUCCGGCAUCUGAGAACCAGCUGACCGCGUCCGCGGCGUUACAGCUGUGGGAUGGGUUCCGGCACUCCGGCAUGAAGGAGAAGAGCAAGAACUGAUUGCGCAUCCUUCAACGAAACUGAAGGCAUCCAAAUGCUGGGAACUGUUCCAGCAAUAAUUCAUCCUUUAGAGGUGCUAUGGCCAUCGUCAACCCCCAACCCUACUGCCAUUGAUCAAACAAUCCUUCGCUUCAUUUUUUUUCUUUCUUUCCCGCCCUAGAUGCUGUUGUACAAAUUUUGUGGGAGAUGAGAGUUUUUGAACAAGAGUUGUAAGUGUGCCCCGUGAUCGCAGUUCUAGUCCUCUCCGCGUCUAACUUUUGCUGUGGAUUGAUGCUCCCCUCGAGUGAGUGCUGAACAGUCUGUUCUCAGGUUUGGAUGAACAAGUUCAUUUGACAAGCAUUGUGGUCACAGUUUCUUGGUUUGGUUUGCGAGAUAA